AUGACGCAAAUAAAUGGCACGAAUGGGGCGGCCCAGAGCUUGCAGCUCCAAGGCAAAGUCUACGCCAUCACGGGCGGCGCCAGUGGCAUCGGCUUCGCGACGGCAAAGAUCCUCGCGAGGCGCGGAGCAACGGUCUGCUUGGCCGACAUUGACCCGGAGGCGAUGAAAGAAGCAGGCUCAUAUUUCAGCUCGCAUGGAGUUCCUCACAUGAUCGCAAAGGUCGACGUGUCGAAGCGCGCACAGGUUGACGCGUGGGUUGAGUCGAUUGUCGCGGCCCAUGGCAGGCUGGACGGUGCCGCCAAUGCCGCUGGCGUGAUUGGCAAAGGCCACGGCAUCACACCAGUCGCCGAGCUGGAGGACAGCGAGUGGGACAAGAUCAUUGGCGUCAACUUGACUGGCACAAUGUACUGCCUACGGGCAGAGCUGCGGCAUGUUGUGGCUGGUGGCUCUAUUGUCAACGUCUCAUCAAUUCACGGCCUGAAAGGGUUCGCGAAACAUGCCGCGUACGACGCCAGCAAGCACGGCAUGAUCGGCCUCACAAAGGCAGCCGCGCUGGAAAACGGCGCACGCGAGAUCCGGGUCAACAGCGUCGCGCCCGGCGCCAUUUACACGCCUCUCAUGCAAAAGAACUGGGAUUUCGUCGGGCGACCAUCAGACGCGCCAUUCGAUGAGCCGACUGCCUUCCAGCGACAGGGCACGGCAGAGGAGACGGGCAAUGUGAUUGCCUUCUUGUUAGGGCCAGAGAGCACGUUUUCCUUGUCGUCGCUGCGAAGUAUUCGCGACAAUGCUCAGAAAGCCCGGCUCUCGCCGCCUGCGGAAUCACCGAUCUAUCUAAAGGACACACCCAGUGAGCGUCAAGAAUCGCAAAGCGAUACCUACAGCAAUGCAAUCUCCCUCAACAACGAGGAGACCCAUCACGACGACGGCGCCCGGCCGUCACAGACCCACGACCACGACUACGCGCCCCUUCAGCAUGCCAUGGCUCCACGAUCAUCAACAGCCCUAUCCAUUACCGCCCUGACACAAUCCGGUGCUCCGGUGUCAGCCCCUCCGGCAAUGACGGACCGUCGGGCCUUCCGACCCCGAGCUGGCUCAUCGUCAGUCGGUGCCAUGGACGGCCCCUUUGUUGACUCCGAGGUUCUCAUCUCGGACGAGAGCGUGGGCUUUCCGUCACCAGCGAAUGGACCAGGACCGUACGAGUUUGGACGCAAUCGAGCACAUCGGGGAUCUUUCAGGUCAAGCACCAGCGGUGAUCGGAAUCGCGAGUCCGUCAGCACGGCUGCGACGUGCCCGGACGCCUUUCUCCCCGACGUACUACAGAGAGCGCCGACCGACGACUGCUGCUACAAGUUUUUGGAGCCUGUUCUCCCGUACAUACGCAACAUCAUUCCCGCCUCUGUCGCCUGUGAGCUGCUGGACAUAUUCUUGACCGACCCUGGCAGUUCCCUGUUUCGUGGGGCCUCGCCGUACAUUCUGACACGAAUUUUUCGCAAAAAGUCAAUUCUACAUCCCACGGCACCCAGAUAUACCACGCCUGCGCUUCUGGCGACGAUUCUGUGGUGCGUCGCACAGACGGCAGAUGUCAUGGUUCUGCAUGUUCCCGGAACGAGGGCACGGGUCGUGAAUGACUUGUACGAUCUCGCGACUUCAUUGGUGUCGGAGAGAGAUCCUGACAGAUGGAGGCGCAUUCACGGUGGAUUGCGAGCCGAGAAUGAGACACCUCAUCCCAAUAUCCCUGGGUUGGGCGCCUUUCCCAUGACAACUGCAGCGAACGAGCCCGCCGGCGUCAUUGAUGACGUGCUCACGUUCAUACUUCUUUCCAUCGCCGUGUCAGGCAGCGACUUCAAGUCCGACUGCUAUAAGUGGUGGUCAAAGGCCAUCAGGCUGGCCCUCUCGCUGAGGCUGAAUCGCGAGGACGAGCGCUGCCCUGCCCCCGUAUCGCCAUGCGCCAAUCCGCUCUGCUCCUGCCAUCGAGAUCGAGAAGACGCAUCGCUUGCAGACAUCGAGCGCAGGGAGGAGCGCAGGAGAGUGUUUUGGCUCUUGUAUAGCCUCGACAGGCAUCUGAGUCUCUCAUUCAACACUGUUCUCUCCAUGCCCGACUCCUACUGCGAGGUCUAUGCGCCACUGCCGGAGACCAUUUGGGAGGAUUUGGACCUGAUCGGCUCGAAACAGCUUCCUACGCGCAUAAUUGGACCCCCGGUUGUCGCUAGCGGUACAGGCUUCUUCGAGUACUUCCUGCCACUGAUGGCAAUACUAGGCGACAUCAUCGAAGUCCACCAUCGGCGGCGACACCCGCGACUCGGGGCACAAGAAGACACUUUCUCGGUUGCCGUCAUCCAGGACCUCCUUGCCAAUUACGAACUCAGCCUAAAUGCACUCCCGACAGACCCCAGUCUCAAUGGCCAGCCGUUUGGUAUGCCUACUCAGACGAGUCGCGACUUGGGAGCGGGCAUAGCUACGCCGGCGAUACAUCACAGCACAGUACCGAGACCGGCAAUUGAGACAGGUGACCAGUCGCGAGUACGCCUUGUCAAGGCAUAUAGCACACACAUUCUUCACGUGUUGCAUGUACUCCUUCAUGGCAAAUGGGACGCCAUCUCCAUGCUCGACGACGGCGACGAUUGGAUCACGUCUAAGCGUUUCACCGAGUGCGCCUCCCACGCCAUUUCCGCGUCGCAGUCUGUAUCCACGAUCCUCACGAUCGAUCCGGAGCUCACAUUCAUGUCGUACCUCUUUGGCAUCUACUUGUUGCAAGGCAGCUUCAUCUUAUUACUCUUCGCGGACCGCAUGCCUCAACUUGGACCGAAUGAGUCGGUCGAGCAGGCGUGUGAGAACAUCAUCCGAGCACACGAGGUGUGUGUGGUGACUCUCAGCACCGAGUUCCAGAAAAACUUUCGCAAGGUGCUCCGGUCGACGCUGUAUAGUGUACAAGGUACGGGAACGACAAACUGGGAUGAGCAUCGAGCGCGGAGGCGAGCGCUGUCCCUGUAUCGAUGGACGAAAGGCGCAAAGGGGCUCGCUUUGUGA